AUGGACUCUGACGAUGAUUUCAUCAGCGGUCAGUCAAGCGGGGAGGACGACUUUGGGAUGGAACAAGACAGCGAUGAUGGCAGUCUGGGAGAUGGUAAAGAUACCCGACAUCCCGGUCUUUACACGCUGACGCCCGCAGACUUUGACCAAGAUGAGCCUGACGAAGGUUUCUCGCAGAAGGAUCUGAAGCCAUCGAAAAAGGCAUAUGAGGUUGACUACAAAGUCUAUUCACCUACAGAAAUCCAGUCUCACCAAGACAAGCAAGUGGAGGAGGUCUCGACUAUCUUGGGCCAACCAGCAGAAGCCUCCGCAAUCCUUCUGCGACACCUGCGAUGGAAUAAAGAGCGACUGAUAGAUAUAUACAUGGAGAGAUUCGAAGCAGUGCUCGAAGAAGCCGGACUUGGCUCAGACACCUCAAGUGCACCAAAAACCAGAGCAUUCAAGGGCUUCAUGUGCGAGAUCUGCUGUGAGGACACCCUAGGCCUAGAGACCUAUGCUUUAAAGUGUGGACAUCGAUAUUGCAUUGAUUGUUAUCGGCAAUAUCUCGCUCAAAAGAUCAGAGAUGAAGGCGAAGCCGCAAGGAUACAAUGUCCCACGGCUGGCUGCCAUCGAAUUGUGGAUUCUCGAAGCCUGGAUCUGCUUGUUGCUGAGGAUCUCAAAUCUAGAUACCAGACUUUACUCACACGAACUUAUGUCGAAGACAAAGACCAUCUCAAGUGGUGUCCGGCGCCGAAUUGUGAAUACGCAAUCGACUGCGGCAUCAAGAAAAAGGAGCUUGGAAAGAUUGUGCCAAGCGUGACUUGUACCUGUCGCCAUCGGUUCUGCUUUGGCUGCACUCUUAAUGAUCAUCAGCCUGCGCCUUGCCAGCUCGUCAAGAUGUGGGUUAAGAAGUGUGAAGAUGAUUCAGAAACAGCCAACUGGAUCAAUGCUAACACGAAAGAGUGCCCAAAAUGCUCGUCAACCAUCGAGAAGAAUGGAGGGUGCAAUCACAUGACAUGCCGGAAAUGCAAAUAUGAAUUCUGCUGGAUUUGUAUGGGGCUAUGGUCAGAACAUGGCACCAGCUGGUACAAUUGCAAUCGGUUUGAAGAGAAAUCUGGAACCGACGGUCGAGAUGCCCAGACCCGAUCUAGGCAAUCUCUGGAGCGCUAUCUACAUUACUACAACCGAUACUCCAAUCAUGAGCAGUCCGCUAAGCUUGAUAAAGAUCUCUACCAGAAGACGGAGAAGAAGAUGAUGAAUCUACAGACUGCCUCCGGCAUGUCCUGGAUCGAGGUUCAAUUUCUUGAUACCGCGUCACAAGCCUUACAGCAGUGCCGGCAAACUCUCAAAUGGACCUAUGCUUUCGCUUAUUACCUACAGCGAAACAACUUCACUGAAAUCUUCGAGCAAAAUCAAAAAGAUCUAGAACUUGCGGUAGAGAACCUGAGCGAAAUGUUCGAAAAGCCAACGUCAGAACUUGCAGACUUAAGAGUGGAAAUCCUAGACAAGACAUCGUAUUGCACGAAACGGCGCGUUAUCCUCCUGGACGAUACUGCUAGAAAUCUGAAAGAUGGAGAGUGGAAAUUUAAUGUUAGCAUAGAUGGCGUCCAAAACGACCCGACCAUUCUGAUAGAUGCCUCUUUCUACGGUGCUGUGAUGAUAAAUGCGUAUGGUUAUCGAAAGUCGAUCAGACGUCUCUCUCUCGACCACAAACCUUUCAACCACCCUCACAUGAUGGCUAUAGACACCGAUGACAGCAGUCUUGGCCUUGAUGAAGGGCUAGGUCUGCAACCGGCAGCUUCAAGGACAAGCGCAUUCUCCCACAGAGUGAGCACCAUCCUGUCCGGUUCAUACGCUGACUCCGAGAUCAGAGAUGCUCUACGCUCUCUUGACGAUAAGAAGACACAAAACACCGCUGAGACACGACGAGGACUUCGACUUGAGGUUGAGAAAGAAAUCAUUCAGCGCAAUGGAAACAUCAUCAAGGACUUUGGCCAAGUCGCGGAGCAACUUAGAAGAAUUGAAACAACAGUUAGUAGUUUGAAUCAAUGCUGUGAGGACAUGCGGAGGCAUGUUGUAGCUGCUCGUCAGGAGAAUGCCCCUGUUUUAGAAGAGGCUUCGACGUUGCUUGGGCAGAAACGAGAGCUGGAGGUGAAACAGCAAUUGCUGGACGCAUUCAAAAGACACUUCAUCAUUUCGGAGGAGGAUCUACUACUUUUGACCAGCACUGCAAACCCUGUCGAUGAUGGAUUCUUCGUCGUAUUACAUAGGGCAAAGCAGAUCCACGUGGACUGCCAAAUUCUUCUAGGGACCGAAAAUCAAAGAUUGGGUCUCGAGCUUAUGGAGCAAAGCUCGAAUUACUUGAAUUCAGCUUACCAGAAGCUGUUUAGGUGGAUACAGCGUGAGCUCAAGAACUUGAAUCUUGAGAAUCCGCAGAUGGGGUCUCUCGUCAGGCGAGCAAUAAGAGCGCUCGCCGAAAGACCCUCGCUUUUUCAGAGUUGCCUAAAUUUCUUUGUUGAAGCUAGGGAGCAUGUGCUCACGGACGCUUUUUACUCUGCGUUGACCGGGUCUUCUGAUGAGAGCGGGGCCAACCCUUUGGCGAAGCCUAUAGAGCUUCAUUCUCACGACCCUCUUCGCUACGUUGGAGACAUGCUGGCUUGGAUCCAUUCAGCCACUGUAUCUGAACUUGAAGCUCUCGAGACACUCUUCGUGUCGGAAGGUGACGAGAUCAAGCGGGGGUUUGAAGCAGCAAGGGCGUCAGAGCCAUGGUCCGCUUUCGAGAAUGAAGGAUUCGAUGGCCAGAAAGCCCUGGGAGACUUGGUCAAUCAAAACAUGGCUGGAGUUGCUCGUGGACUCCGCCAACGGAUAGAGCAGGUCUACCAGAACCAUGAAGAUGCCGUGCUCUUCUACAAGAUUGCUAAUCUCAUCACCUUCUAUACGUCCACUUUCACCAAACUAUUAGGACCGUCGUCCAGUGUCCUUACCACACUAUCAGCCCUGUCGGAAUCAGCUCUUAGUCAUUUCCGCAGUGUUAAUAAUGAGAUGCUUUCGUCUGUUCAAUCCGACCUAGGUAGGGCACCCGAGGAUCUUCGCAUUCCAGACUUCCUCAACGAGACAAUCACGCAGCUUGCCGCCCUCUUAAAAAGCUUUGACUCUUCGAUGACACCGGAGGCGUCCCGCGACUCCAGUUUUGAGCCGAUCAUCGCUCAAGCAUUACUUCCAUUCCUCUCUGCUUGUGAGAAGCUUGCCAAGGACCUUACUGAGCCUGAAGCCGGCAUCUUCACGACCAACUGCCUUUUAGCUGCAAGCUCAUGUCUUGCACCCUACCCGUUCAUUAAGUCCUGCCUAUCAAAGCUCGAGGAACAGAUCUCAACACUCUCCGCCGACCUUGUCCAAUACCAACACGCCUUCUUCCUCCACGCCUCAGGCCUGCACCCCCUUCUCUCCGCGCUGGCCCAAAUCAAGGAUCCAAGGUCCGAGGAGAGCGCCCUGAGAAUCCCAAGCCUGCCAGAGCUACAACACCAAGCUCUUACCGACGCCAGUACCGCACUAGACGAAUUCUUGCCAUCCGCGCUCAUGGACGCCAUGGAGAAUCUGCGCUUGUUGCAGAGCAAAGAGGUUGCGAGGAGCGUGACUGCUGAAGCCGCAGAGCGGUUUUGCGAGGACUUUGAGUUUGUGGAUGGGCUGCUAUGUAAGCUUGACGAGGCGAGGCUGGGCGAAGAUGGUGACAAGAGCGAGGAAGGAGGAGAGAACGGAGAUGGUGAGCUCCAUGGAGAAGGCAGUGAAGCUGACAGAGAGAAUGGAGGAAGGAAGGAUAUUGUUCGCUUGAAGGACUUGUUUCCUAGGACGAGCGGAGAGAUCAGGGUUUUACUGAGCUGA